CUUCAACUUGAACUCGUCAACACCUCAACCAUGCCUCUCAAUAACUACGCGUCGAACUUCUCGUUCAACAUCGGAAGCCUCGCUCUGGACGGCUUCAUCUCGACCCAUGGGGUAGUUAAUCUGCUGAACAUUCAAUAUGCGACAAUCCCCGCCCGGUUCAAACCCGCCUCCUUGGUAGACCCUUCGCUCAUCCAAGGUAGACGGGAUGCUGUGCAAUAUGGCCCGCAAUGUCCCCAGUUGUAUGACCCGCUCCACAGUCUGAUGGACCACAUGUUCGAGCAGCUGGCUGUGUCGCACCACAGCCAUGAAUUCGACUGUCUCCAUCUCAAUGUAUAUGCACCCCCGAGUGCUUUGUCCCCGCAGAACCCAUCCAAGCUCCCGGUGCUGGUCUGGAUCCACGGCGGAUCAUUCAACACAGGCAACAAUGCCACCGAAUUUGAUGGCAAUCAUCUAGUCAAACGAUCCAUGGAUCUAGGCAAACCCAUCAUCGUGGUGACCAUCAACUAUCGCCUGAACAUCUGGGGCUUCUUAUCGUCCCAGGAGCUCAUUGACGAAGCAAAGGAUGCUGGCGAAGUGCCAAUUCUGAACCAAGGGCUCAACGACCAAGCGAUCGCACUGCAAUGGAUUCAACAAAACAUUGCACACUUCGGUGGCGACGCCUCGCGAGUCACAGCCACAGGCGAAUCCGCGGGCGCAGCAUCCAUUUUCUACCUGUUGAAACACGGAGUCCCCCUAUUCUCGAAAGCGAUCAUCUGCUCCAGUCCCCAUCUCUUAUUCCGUAAGGUCUCCGACGCCCAGCCAACCUUCAACACCCUCCUCCAACACACAGGCAUGGAUGCCUCUGCACCAUACCAGACCAAGCUCCAGGCCCUCCGAAGCCACACAGCCGAAGACCUACUCUCCAUCUUCCCCUCCUUCCCGGUAUCCUUCCCCAUCGAAGACCCCAACUGGUUCGUCGACUGGGAUCCCGCGAAAAUCUCAUCCGGGGAAUACUGGGCGGAACUACCUCCCUGGUGUCCUGAGAUCAUCAUCGGGCACAUGAAAGAUGAAGCCGCGCUGUUCCUAAACCCUAGAUACCCAUCCGACCUCACCAAAGAAGAAGCCAUCAACCACGUCCAACACACCAUCCCCGACCCGCGAUGCGCAGAAAUAGCCCUAUCCACAUUACAACCCACCGUCGACACCUCGCCCUUCCGCUCCCUCCUCGCUCUCGCAACCCACACCCUCUUCACAGCCCCUGACUUCGAAUUCGCAACCCGGGUUACCUCCCACCCCACCCACAAAAUCUACCUCUACUCAAUCGACAUCCCCGACGGGUAUACCAACCAACUCGGCGGCUACGCGUGGCACUCUUUCGGCAACUCGAUCUUUUUCUAUCAGCCUGCUUCUCGUGCGAGACCGGAGCUAGCCGAAACCGCUGAUAGAUUGACCGAUGCAAAUACGAGCUUUAUCUAUGGCGAUAAAGGGCCUGUCUGGGAAGAGUUCAGAGAAAAGGGCCGCAUGUUAAGCUGGAAUGGGAGUCAGACGGGUCUCGUAAAUGUAGGGUUGGAUUGGAAGGAUCCGGUGCUGGAGCGGUUCGUUGCCGAAGGGUUGCGGGAGUGGGUGGAUGUGUAUAGACGGGAUGGGUGGAGAUUCACGUUUGCGGUUCCGGGUGUGGUUCGUCCUAGGACGUGAAGGUUGAGAGUACUGUUGGUUUCUGUUGGGAAAGGGCCGGAAUACGCUAGAAUUUAGAAUUUCGGUGAGCUCUGCGGUAUCUACUACAAGCUACGACUCAACCCACAUUGGGACAGCUGGGCCAGGACACUGUUGAUUGGGUCAAAUAUAACGCUCUUCUCCUGAUGAUUCUACUACCGUACAAUGGAGCGGUCUAUGUACG